AGCGGGGCGGUGCAGCGGCGGCCAUGGGAAGACGCGGCCGAGGCGGCAGGAGGUUGCCGCUGCUAGCGGGGCGGGCGGGCGCCGGGCGCCGAGUGAUCCCCGCGGCCCACCCCAGCGCGGCUGCAGCGGCCCCGCGCGGUGGGUCCAGGCCGGGGCGGCCCAGGCGAGAAGCGAGUUGCCGGGCCCGGAAGCGGGCAGCGCACGGAAUGAUCAACUUUUGCCCACAAUGUGGCCAGAAGGUAGAGACGGCAUUUCAUUUCUGCCCUGUCUGUGGGAAUAAGCUGCCUAAAGAAGAAGAUGAUGAGGAGCCAAUGCAACUCACUCCAGAUGCCUCUUUGUCCUCACUGAAAGCCCUGAGGCAGAAUGAGCCGCUUCCGGCAGAAAGAAAGACAGUGGAGUGGAUAUCUUCUGAGAAAAUACCAGCUUCCACUUCGACUGAAGAGGAGGCUUGGAGCCCACAGGCUGCUUCCCCAAGUACCAAGGUGGCAUCCAAGGCAAAAUUCAGUCCCCGAUCUCCCCGGCGGCCCAAGUCCACCUCCGUGGCACCUCUCCCAGAGGGCAAGAUCCUGACCGACCAGAACAGCAAGCAGUGGAAACUGGGGAGGCUUCUGAACCAGAGCGAGUAUGGGCUGAUGUAUGAAGCACAAUCAGCAUCUGGAGCCUGCCCUCAAAAGCAAAGAUACUUUCUCAAACUUGACGCCAAAGAUGGCAGGAUCUACAAUGAGCAGAUCUUCCUGCAGCGAGCAGCAAAGAAAAUCACAGUGGAUAAGUGGAAGAGGAUGCACUCGGUGCCCUUGCUGGGGAUCCCAAAUUGCAUUGGCUUUGGACUCCAUGAGAGUAACUACAGGUUUCUGGUGUUCCCUGAGUUAGGGCGAACUGUUCAGUCAAUCCUGGACAAUGCCACAAACCUACUGACGGAGAAACCGGUUUUCCAGAUCGCCAUCAGGGUGGUAUGUGGCAGGCCAAUGCUUUUGGGGGUUGUUCAGAGCUGGAUUCUCUCUGGCCUUUGCAAGGAUGCUAGUUCCAGUGCAGGUCAGGGUUGGGACCAAUGCAUCAUGGACUCCCUGGAAUACAUCCAUGGAAACGAGUAUGUGCAUGGGGAUGUCACAGCAGAGAACAUCUAUGUGAACCCAAACGACCUCGCUGAGGUCACCCUGGCGGGUUACUGCUUUGCAUUCCGAUACUGCCCGGGAGGAAAGCAUGUGGCUCAGCGUGAAGGCAGCAGGACUCCUCACGAGGGCACCAUUGAGUUCAUCAGCCUGGAUGGGCACAGGGGAGCUGGACCAUCUCGCCGGAGUGACCUGCAGUCUCUGGGCUACUGCAUGGUGAAGUGGCUGUGUGGCUUCCUGCCCUGGACUGACGAGCUGGCUGAUGUGCACAAGGUCAUGGAGCAGAAAGAGAGGUACAAAACAGACGUGGUCGGGCUUCUGCGACUGUGCUUUGGCCGAAAACCAACUCCAGAUGCCCUGCACAACUACCUGCAGCAAGCAAUGGCCUUGGCCUUUGAAGAGGAGCCAGACUACGAGGCACUGCGAAAGCUCUUGGGGAAGCCACUGGAGAUGAGGAAAGCUUCGGCUUAUGACUCAGUGGACCUCAAGGUGGUGCCUUAGAUCUCAAGAAACUGACUAAAACUGUGAGAAGUUUAACCUAUUGGAAGGGCCCUGCUCUGGGGCAGGCAGCUCGUGCAGUCCUUCAUUACACACCUGUUCUAGAUUUCCCUGAGGGUUUGAUAGGGAUUGUUUUUAGGGCUUUUACAGUGAUUUUUAGAAAGCUGACUUUUGAGCCAGUGCUGUAGCAUAAUGAGCUCCAGCUAAUGUGAAGACUAAACCCCUGCUUGGCAGAUGGCUGCCCCAACCACCGUUUGGAACUACCUAGCAACUGGGAGUGUUGCCAUAGGGACACAGACUGAGCCCAGUGAAGGGAAAAGAAAUCAGGGGGUUUAAAUGUUUGUAUCCUGCCUAAUAAACAUUUUGUUUUGUAAUAAAUGCUUUGUGGAUGGAU